AUGCCCAGAUCUCUUCUGAAUCAUUUCGAUCCGAAAAGAAGAAGAACAAACGAAGGAGAUGAUACAAAUAAUGGAAGCCGAUUAGAUGCGAAUGUAAAUCAAGAAUGGGGUUUCGAAACUGUGGAAGACGAUGAAAUAUGGGAAGAGGAUGUGGUUGACAGUAGUAUAGAGGAAGAACAGUUGGAAGACGAAUCUGAAUGGUUCUCCAGAGAUGUGGAUACCGAGAACAACCUCGAUGGAAAGGAAGGAUUUUCUGAAUUCUCGAAACUAUUACGGAAGGCCGGCAGUCGAGAACUACAAGUAUUAUUCAGUGCAUGCAUUAAUCGCUUAUCAGAGAGAGGAUUUGACAUGUUUCUUACGACUUAUGAUAACGAAGAUUUCGUCAAGAAUGUAAGGAAAAUCUGGAAUUUUAGAAAAAAUGAAACCAGUGUUUAUUUUUUCUGCAAUCAAUGUGGAAAAGAUUGUGAACGGGGACAAAAAAUAUGUUGUGGAACAGAGAGCAUUGCUAAGUUUGUUAGAGUCGGAAUUGUGUCACAAUUGGAAGAGCUGGUCAGUCACUACUUUGAAGAUAUCCUGGAUAUCCGAAAAAAACUCAUUGACGGUUCCGUACCAGAGCAUAAUCUUGCAAGUCAAUACCUGGAACAUUUAUGGACAUCCGAGUCUCAUGGAGCUCUCAAUCUAUCAGGAAUGCUGUCCAUAGAUGGUGUGAACGUCCCUGGACAGAAAAAGAAAAUAUGGCCCAUUUCGUUGACAUUACUGGAUCUGCCAACUUCUCUGAUGCAGUUAAGUAGUAACAUACUGAUGGAAGGGAUUUUGGAAUGUUCCGAGAACCCCUCUACAACUCUAUGGAAUACGAUUUAUCCAAUAAUAAACUCUGAUUGCAAUGGGGUGACAGGAACUGUUAUGAACAGACCGUACACAUUUCACUGUGUCACUGUGUCAGCCGACCAGCCGGUAAAUAUGGGAGAUGUUAGAAGGAUUCACAAAGUGAGUGUUACAGCGAGAUAUGAGAUGAGUACAGAAGAUGUCAAGAGAGAUAGCGAAUUGGGUUUGAAUGGAUUUGGGGAUGUUCCUUCGAAGUUUUUGAAUUUUUGCCUUCCUUACGAAACUCCAAUAGACAUUCUUCACAACGUUGGUGAAGGAAACUUUUCAAUUAAGAUGGGGGCACCAAAAGAAAAUCGGAGUUGUUUGCCACCGUCAAUGUCAACCAGCUACAUUCAUGUUUAUCCAGUGUGGUUCUCCCAUCCGAGUUUAGGAAAAUUUCACAGCGUCGGAAUGGAACAGACAAAACUAAUAAUUCUUCUUCAUAAUGCUGUUAGGCGGGAGUUGAUGGUUAGAGUAGAUCAAGAUGAUUCAGAGUCAUUCAGGGAUUUCCUUUCACUAGUUCCUAAUAUCAAGAAAAAGAAAGCAUAUGGUAGAAAUGUGAUUAACUCUCUGAAACCAGAAGAUUCAAUUGUAAACGGCUGCUCAUUGUUAUACUCUCAGUUGUUUCUACCGCUGGGAACACUGAAGUCGGAAUAUUGGGACACUAAUAGCACGGGUGAUAUUUUUUUUGUGAAAACCAAUGGCCAGUCACUUUGUUAUCGUUUUAUCGCUGCUCCUCUGAUAGACGGUGAUCUCGAUAUUCUUGCAGAAUACAUUAUCGAAACGGACAACAGCUUUUCUUCUCUGAAAAGAAAGGUCGAAACUCUCACCGGUAAAUCAUAUCAACAUGGAAGGAAUAUUUUGGAAAUGUUGUGUAGAUACGAGGGUGUGAAAGUUGGAAAAUUGUCCGGAAAGCGACACAUUUUGAAGACGUCAACAAUUACUUCAAUUGGUUGUUAUAAGAUUUGGGAGAAAAUGGUGGUCUCGGAGAAAAGAAUUUCUGUGGCUCGUGUUGUUCCAGUCGGUUGUAGUGGACGAGGUGGACGCGGUGGACGUGGUGGACGUGCUGUGCGUGGCCGUAAAGGACCCGCUCUGUCUUCGACUGAGCCAAAAAUUCUACAGUUUCCCCUAAACAAUACAUCACUUCCACAGACAUCAGUAGUUCCUGUUUCGCCGUCAAACGAAAUCCCGCCAUAUCCCAUCUCAUACACAUUGACACCGUCGCGUCAACGAAAUGUUUCAGAAUUUGACGACGAUUUUCAACAAGAUUUUCAAUCGACUGAUUUUCCAUCGACUUCGCAAAUUCACCUAACUCCCUCUCAAACUUUUGAAGAGAAAAAAACUCCAAGUAUGCUGAUUGAGCCGUCGUAUAUUAGUAGAUUAAAACUAAGUUGUGUUGGAAAUGUUUGUGUUUUACAUCAUCAUGCUCAAGAAUUAUCAAAAUUACAGACAGCAGCAGAAUCGACAUCGGUUUCUGAAUAUGAUUAUGAAAACGUGAAAUCGGAAGCAUCUUCUCGAAACCGCUGGAACCCUGUCUCCUUCGGAAGAUCGAAUUACUUCGAUUCAAUCAACGGAGUUCCACUCGCCAACAGUAUUAUUGAGGUGAAUAACAACAAGCUAAUCAAAAACGACCGAGAAGCUGACACUUCCGAAUUUCUGCAAAUUGCUGCACGUGCUCACGGCACCAAUUCGGAGGUUGAAAAUCUUGCGUUGGGCGUUGCUUGCCUCACAGAAAUGUUGAACAAAACUUUACGUCGUCUAAAAAUAACGGAAUCGGAUGAUUUGAGAUCCAAUGAACCGUUCGUUAACCCCCAAUGCGGGUUCGAUCUAGAAGAAGCCACGAAUAUCGGAGAUGUCGUCGUUUUGCCAAGUGGCAGGACACUAAAAAUGUCAAGCUGCAUUUCAGUUCUCACCGCAUCUAGUUGGACGUCUUCAAAUUAUAAAACGGACGCGAAAAGUUUAGUCCGGCACAUUUUCACCAAAGUUGCUGAUAAAGAUCCGUUUUUUCCCGCAUAUUCCGCUUCUAGCGAAUCCAAUAGAGGAUACACUCCACUAGGAAAUGCCUUCUUCGAAGUCGUCACAAACUUCGUCAUUGCCGGCUUCAGACAGUCGUCUUCUCUCCCUCUUCAAACUUAUACAACACGACUCGUGAGAGAAGUCAUUGAUAACUUGUUGGAUCGCCAACGAUCGCAACUCGCCAAAAAAACAAGCACAAAUCCAUCGAAAUUGGCUGAAGAGUUGAAAGCACAAUUAGAAGCUUGCAAUUAUGCUCCUCAAAUGUAA